UGAAUGACAACUCGUAGUGUCACAGAAGAAGAAGCUGAAAAAAGUAUUUCAGGCGAAUAUCAGUGCGACAAUUUUGUACUUUCGUAAUAAAAUGUGUAAUAAUGGAAAACAGGCAGCCCAGUUUAAAUGAUGUGAUAGUGCCAGAAUUGUACUUCCUAAUUUCCAAAUUUCUUACUGCGGGGCCGCUGGAAGAGACUGCAAAGGUUCUAGUGCAAGAAUUAGAACAAAAGAAGGUACUGCCCCGGCGCAUUGACUGGCUGGGCAAUGAACAUGAGCAGACCUUUGCCGAAUUGGAACAAAAAUACGCGCACAUUGGCCCGAAUCAUCUGCUAGAAAUAUGCAGUCGUCUUGGCCCGCUUGUCGACAAGGAGCUGGCGCCGAGCGUCCCAGGAAUAACAUCAUUGCUUGGCACAGGCCGUCAAAAUUUGUUACGCACAAAAGACACUGUCUACCGGCAUCGCACCCUGCGCGAUUAUUGCACACGUCUCCAUGGCAUAUCAUUGCCAGAUUCGAGACUCACAAAGCCCACACACAAUUUAGCCAAGGUAAUUACCGGCCGCGAACAUGGGGGUGUGGUGCGCCGUAAGCUACUGGUGCCCACGGAUCUCUAUCGGAAGACAAAGCUGUUGCGGCGCACUGUUGGCCACUUGUCGUCGGUAUAUUGUGUGCUCUUUGAUCGCACAGGUCGCUAUAUAAUAACUGGCGCUGAUGACUUGCUGAUCAAGAUUUGGUCCGCUGCGGAUGGGCGUCUGUUGGCUACGCUGCGCGGCGCCUCAGCAGAAAUUACCGAUAUUGCCAUUAAUUUGGAUAACACAAUGUUGGCCGCGGGCUCUGUUGAUCGCAUUUUGCGCGUCUGGGACAUGCAAACAACUUCACCAAUAGCAGUUCUUGCCGCCCAUACGGGCAUGAUAACUUCGGUUAACUUUUGCCCAUCACCACGAAGCGAUCUCAAAUAUUUGGUGACAACCAGCACAGAUGGCUCUAUUGCAUUCUGGCAAUAUUCGACGCCACGUGGCCAAAAGAUAACAUUCGCACCAAGGCCCACACAAUACCACGAAAAGUUGCGACCAGGACAGGCACAAAUGAUGUGCACCACGUUCUCGCCGGGAGGAAUGUUUUUGGCCGCCGGCUCUGCAGAUCAUCAUGUGCGUGUCUAUAUGAUGGCCGAAGAUGGGCCCAAGCGUAUUCUCGAAACAGAGGCUUACACAGAUGCCGUAGAUUCAGUCCAGUGGUCGCACCGUGGGCUGCGUUUCAUAUCGGGCAGCAAGGAUGGCACAGCCCACGUCUGGACCUUUGAGUCGCAGCAGUGGAAGAGCAUUAAAUUAUGCAUGACCGAACGGCUGCCAAGCUGUCCAGAGCCGGAAGAAGGCAAGAAAUUAAAGGUUACAAUGGUCGCCUGGGAUGCUUCAGAUCGUUAUGUCAUUACGGCAGUCAAUGAUUUUACCAUUAAAAUUUGGGAUUCAAAAUCAGCUAAGUUGCAUCGCGUGCUGCGUGGUCACAAGGAUGAGUUAUAUGUGCUGGAAUCGAAUCCAAGGGAUGAGCAUGUUUUACUCUCUGCCGGCCAUGAUGGCCAGGUAUUUCUGUGGGAUAUUGAGCAGGGCGUAGGUGUGGCCCAGUUUUUUAAUGACAUCGAUGGCCAGGGACAUGGUAGCGUGUUCGAUGCCAAAUGGUCACCGGAUGGCACCAUGAUUGCGGCCACCGAUUCACAUGGUCACAUACUGAUCUUUGGCCUUGGUAUUGGCACUGAUAAGUACAAAUUGCUGCCAACAGAGCUCUUUUUUCACACGGAUUUUCGACCGCUGCUUCGUGAUGCACACCAUCACGUGGUGGAUGAGCAAACACAGAUAAUGCCGCAUUUAAUGCCGCCUCCAUUUCUGGUCGACGCCGACGGCAAUCCCCAUCCGACAAAGUAUCAACGGUUUGUUCCCGGUCGUGAAAGCUGCAGCACGGAUCAGCUGAUACCCAAUCUAACCGUGGGAAUUGACGGGAUUGUUAUCGAGGAUAAUAUAAAUGCGCCGCCGAACGCUGCAGCAGCUCCUGGGCCUGCUGCCGCUCCUGUUGCUGGUGUGGGAGGGGGAGCCGCAGGAGCAGUUGGUGCAGGUGGAAAUUAUUCACAUAUCGAUCGGAUGAUUGCUGCACUUGCCAAUCGUCAGGGCAACAAUGCCAACGCCAACGAUGCCAACAAUGCAAAUCAGUCAUUUGAGCGCUUAAUAAUGCGCCAGGGUCAGGACCACAUGCCCGAUUCAAAUUCUUCGCGCAAUACCCCGCAACGUGGCAACGUGCUGGGCGGUCGUCGUUCUCUAGCUGAAGGAGCACCUCGUCAGGGUUGGGCCGCAGCACUGCCUGUUGCGGCGCCAGCUGUGGCUGAGCAGGCGCAGGUCGAACCUCGGCUGGCAUUACCUGCCCAACAGGCAAUGCCUUUGAAAUUUGUGCGUCGCACCUACGUGCGUCCCAUGAAGUAUGCGCAACUGCAGAACCUCAAGCAGACCAUAUAUUCGAUCGGCCAGUACGAGAUGCAGGAAUACAAGCGUGAGAUGCGUCGCCGUCCAAUUAUGAUAAAUACGGCAAGUGCCGCUUCGGCGCUGCUGGCUGGAGUCGGCAGGCCACGCAAUACGCGAUCCAACGGUGCCGGACGGCCCGGACGAAGACGUGGCGCCCAAUCUGGUCAACAGCAGCAAGGUGGCCAACAACCUGCGUAUCGUACGCGUGCUGUGCGUGGUCAGGAGGAACACUAUGAUGAUGCCGCGGCGCCCGCUGCACAUGAGGAGGAAGAAGAGGAUGAUAGCAGCAACAGCUCAGGUGACACCAGCUACUCUAAUGUGGAAGAGAAUCUAGAGGAUAGCAGCGAUGAAUCAGAAACAGAUAGCUCCGAUUACUCAGAUUGGGUGGCUGAUACGCCCGGACCAAAUCUUGAGCCACCAAAGCGCUCCAAGCGCAAACCACUGUCACGUCGUCGCACUAUAAGCGAUGACAGCAGCGAUGAUGCGACGCCAGGCAAUACAGCAGUCGGCAAUAAAAAGCGCGGACGAAAACGUGUCCUCAUCCCACCAACUACACCUAAUGGCGAAAUCCCAGAGCUUUACCGUCCAGCCGAGUGGCUAUCGGAGGUGAUACCACGUAAGGCGCCCUACUAUCCACAAAUGGGCGACGAGAUUGUUUACUUUCGCCAGGGCCAUCAGCGCUAUCUGGAGGCGGUGCGUCUCAAAAAGGUCUACAAGCUGUCGCACAGCUCUGAGCCCUGGAAUUUUCGAACACUCCGCGAUCAUGAGCUGGUACGUGUGAUUGGCAUUAAAUACGAGAUUCGUCCGCCGCGUUUAUGCUGCCUCAAACUUGCCAUCAUCGAUGACGAGGGCAACAUGACGGGCACCACAUUUAAAAUUAAGUACCAUGACAUGCCCGACGUAUUGGACUUUCUCGUUCUGCGCCAGACCUUCGAUUUGGCGGUGCAGCGCAACUGGAGUAUCUCGGAUCGAUUUCGCUGUAUGAUCGGCGACGGCUGGUGGAUGGGCCAGAUUGAGUCGCGUCAUGCGCUUAGUGCUGAUUUUCCCGACUCAUUUUUUAUGUGUUUCCGCGUGCGCUGGGAUAAUGGUGAAUACGAGUACAUGAGUCCCUGGGAUAUGGAGCCCAUCGAUGAGCAGCGGUUGCCAGAUGAAGUGGGCGGUGCUGUACCCGUACUGCCGGAAGAGAUACGCGCCACGCUAUAUCAGCCCAAGUCCGAGGAAUGGCAUCGGGGCGAUCGCGAUGGCACGUGCCGUCGCAUCAUCAAUGGACUUGAGCAGGUCAUGCGUUUGUCUAUUGCAGAGCAUUUUCUGGCGCCAGUGGACCUCAACAUUUACCCAGAUUAUGCCUAUCUAAUUGAGUAUCCCAUCGAUUUAACAACGGUCAAAUCGCGCUUUGAAAAUCACUUUUACCGUCGUAUAACCUCGGCACAGUUUGAUGUCCGCUAUCUAGCCACCAAUGCUGAGCAAUACAAUCGCCGGCACACAAGCAUCGUGAAGCAUGCACGGAUUGUGACUGAUCUGUGUCUGCGUAUCAUUAGAGAAGCGGAUGAAAUAGACGUGGCGGCCGUUUAUCAUCAACUAGUGGACGUUUAUCACUCCUCAGAGUCAGAAAACGAAGCUGAUUCGGAUGUUGUACCAUCGACAAGCACCGGUCCAACCACCUCAGCAGCUGCUGCCCGCCAGCGCGUUUCAUCGACACGACGGUCGAAUCGCAUACGCUCCGACGGCGACUGGCGCUCUGAUUGCCGGCAACUAUUGGAUAUGAUGUGGCAGCGGCCUGAUUCAUUACCAUUUCGUGAACCAGUCGAUACAAUUGAGUUUCCGGACUAUUUGGAAAUCAUUGCCACACCGAUGGAUCUGCGUACAGUCAAAGAGGAUCUACUGGGUGGCAAUUACGAUGAUCCAUUAGAUUUUGCCAAGGAUGUGCGACUUAUAUUCCUCAAUUCUAAGAACUACAAUACCAACAAACGCUCACGGAUCUAUGCAAUGACAUUGCGUUUAAGUGCCCUCUUCGAGUCGCACAUCAAGACGGUGGUUAGCAGUUGGAAGGCGGCGCGCAGACGCGCCAACAAGAACAAGUCCGGCAGCAGUGGACGCGGCUCUAGUAGCCCCAGCAAGCGAACGCCUACGGAUCGCACCACGCGGCGCACACAAAAGCCGCCUGGCGCUGCCAGAAGGCUACCAGCGCAUACGAGCGAAGAAGAUGAGGACGACGACGAUGAUGAUGACGAUGAUAGUGUUGCGCCGCAGCAGCAGGUGCCGCGUGGCACUCAACGCGGCAGCAGGCGUCGCAAUGGCGUAGCCGUUAGUGCCACGAUUUCGAGCUCUAAUCGUGUGACAUCAUCGUCGUCUAAUCCACAGCAGCGACGCCACGAGAGCAGCAGCAAUUCGGAGAGCGAUGAGGAGGAAGAGGAGGAGGAAACAACCUCGGAUGCAAGCAGCGAUGACAAUGAGGAUGAGGAAGCGCACUCCAAUGGCAGCUCGCCGCAGCAUACACGUCGCCGCCGCGGUCGAGUAGCGCGCCAGAAUGUCAGUGAUGAUGAGACCAAUGCCAACGACUCGGAAGAGAGCUACAACCCUAACGAACGGCGACGUGGUCGUGCAGGCGGUGGUGGGGGCAACAAGCGCAAGCCCAACAGCCGCCUCCACCAUAGCAACAAAAGACAUCGAGUGGAUCAGACUGUUCAGCCUGGUGGCAGUCGUGGUGCUACUGUGGCACCCACUCGUCGCACACGCCGCUUGCUAGGCAGCUCUGAGGACGAACAUCAGGCGGAAGCCUCUCAUUCCCAACCAGAUGAUAGCACUCAGGACAGUCAGACAACCCGCAAGAAAGGGCGACCGGCGAAAAACAAGAGCGCGACGGCUACUGGAAAUGGGCCGGGCACUAGUGCGGCUGCUGUAUCAGCCGGAUCUAGCCUCGAGAGCCCCUCCCGAAAUACGCGCGCCAAUGGCGGACGAUCACAAAAUGCUGCCGAAAAUGAUCACAGCUACCAUCUGCCCGUUCGUAAUGGUCGCAUUAUUGAUUCGGAUACAGAUUCACAUGGACCAGUAGGUCGACCCACAAGGCAGAGCGCAAAACGUGCGAUCAUGGAUUGGGCACGCGGCAGUGAUAUCGAAGAGGAGGAGGACGAUGAAAGCGAAGAGGCUGAAGAGAUACUACCCACGCCCACUAAGGACGACAUGCCGUCGACUAGCCGGGCUGCCUUAGGUCAUGUGGCCGGUGCAGCCACAUCAGCACGUCAGCUGCGCACAAAUCGCAAUACCGUGGUAACUGCUGCCGCGGAAAGCGACGAUGAUGAUGACAGUGAUAAUGAGCCGUUGGCUAAUAACCAGCAAAAAACUGCCACUGGACCCGCAAAGACUAGCACAUCAGCUCCUCAUCCGUUGACUUUGCGUCGCCGUUUACCUUCGGUACCACGUAGCAUGCAUAUGACGCGCUCGCACGCUACAUCUACUACCAACAGCUCAAAUCAGCAGGAGCCAGCAAUGGCUGCGCACGAUCACAACUAUUUGGGCAGCGAGUCAGCGGCGGCCUCGCGUGCCCCUCGCCGCGUAUUAUCACGUCAUCAGCGCAAUGCGGAUGAAUUGGACACAACCAAUGAUCCGCUGAAUAGUUCUCGUUUGCUGUCCAUAUUGUCUAAUCACAGACGUCCCACCUCCACAACAAACAAUGUAACAACGCGACGAUUGCGCUCUCGUAACAGUCAGGAGCAUUCGCAGGGCGAAGAGGAAGACGAGGAAGCGGCGGAAUUGCCUGACGGAGAGGAGGCCGCUGCGUCAGACGAAGGCACCGAUGGCGGCUCCAGCUCUCAGGGCAGCAACGACGACGAUGAUGAUGAAGAACCAACUGCCACAGACUCUGAAGACAAUCAGCCCCUAACCAGCUACGUAUCGCCCAGCAAUGGGCGCACAUCACGUAAAACCAAAACUUCUUCCUCAUCGGCAGCGACCGCAACACAGGGACGUGAACAGCGCCAACGUCGUCAGCUUCGUGCCACCUCUGAUCAGUCCCUUAACGAUGACGAUGAUGAUGAUUAUGAGGCUCCGCGUGGUCGGCUACGUAGCAAUCAGCGCAGCGGUCGCAAUCAGAAACGUCCACGCUACAAUGAGCAAUCAGAUGAGGACGAUCAAAAUCAGGGGCACAGUCAGCGUAAGCGCUUACGUAACGGCGAUGUUCAUACGGCAACUAACAACAGCAAUAGCUCACAAGAACGUGAGGAGCAGCAACGCACGGAGGAUGGCAACAGCAGUACGGCGGAAAGUGAUGAACAACUGGUGAGCGUCAGCAGCCGAGGACGCGUGCGCAAGAUAUCAGCAAAGGCGCGUGGCAUAUUUAAGGAUUGAAAUUGGGCGCCCAGCUGCGCUGCGCUCAAGACUGUUUUAUGUAUAAAUUAAUUAUAGUCGUAUGAGCAAAUAACAUUUUUCUAUCAUUUGCUUCUUAUUAUUGAUUAAUGUGUAAGAGUAAUUCAUUGUCAUUGUAAUACGUCAGGUGUCCUGUGUACCGCCAUCCACACCCACUACUAAGCCCUUUUCAGGAUAGGCUUAAGCAAAUUGUGUUCUCAUUUAAUCAUAUUCACUAUAUAUAACACAGAUCCCAAAAAAUAUUCAUGCUUUGUUCAAGAAUUUAAGUUCUUAUUUUAUGUGGCACGCUUACCAGUCUUUGCCGCUACACAUUUCCAUGUAGCUGCGCCUCUGGGUGCUGCCGCAAAAAACUGUAUGUAUUUCUAUAUAUAUAUAAUAUACAUAUAUUUAAAUAAAAGUAGCAUUCAAGGAUCACACACUUCAUUUAAAAUAGAUUAUAAAAUAAAGUAUCAACAAAAACAGAUCUA